AAUUCGCUAAGAUAGGUUCACGGUUCACCAUCAACUGUUAGCAAAUUUCCUAAAUGCUUACCAUUUUCGAUUAAAUUCAAUUAAAUUGGCCUAGUAGUAGCUAUAUUGUUUGAACCACGGAGGAUUGUUUGAGCUAAACAAAAAGGGCUCAUUGUUAAAGUGGGAGAUCGGAACUUCAGAAAUUCAAAUAAAUAUUUCGCAUCUAUAUUUGAAAUUUCUUUUCAUUUAAUUAAGGAGUACACAAUGUUGCGACGAAGCCAACGAACAAGGACCAAGGGGGGAGGUGGAACUGUGUCAGAAAAUCUAAUCUCUCUUGACACUAGAGAUAAGGAACCCUCAACGCGUAAAAGCACAACACAAUCAUCUUCAAAACGAAGAGGUCAGUCUACGAGACGCGGCUUUACCAGACAAGAAGAUAUUAGGUCUGAUGAAGAGCUUGUUGGCCCCUCGGCGUCGACGGAUGGCGCUACCACUGGACCCAUCGAAUUUUCCACUCCAGUAUACGCAAAGAAAUCCGAACCCACUCUUCCCCUCGGACCUGCAAAUAAAUUGAAAUGGCUCUGCUACCCCCACAGCUUGAUUAACAAGGUGAAAACUGAGGAGGAAUUAGAUAACCUUACCUAUAUAUCUGGAGCCAGAGUGGAAUCUUCGGAAGAAAUUGAGGUUACGGCCUCAGAGUAUGUACAGAUAGAUGACGAGGACGACAACGAAUGGGAAACAUUGUCAGAUUCAGAAGAACCUACUGGGGAGUGGGAGGAACAGCUAGUUUAUGUCGAACUGAAUGAUAUUCCGAGCAUCCAAGAGCUAUUUGCUGUCCAGCCUGAUGACUUUUUAAGAUUCCAGAGGAAAAGACAUCGUAUGAAGGCACAACCCGUCAAGGCCACUCAUCCGAAAAUCAGCAUCCAAUUCCACCAGUUUCAAUCUGCCUCUCCAGUGUUACAAAUUGGCAAUCGUUAUUUUGCAUGCCAUUGGGAGGAACCCACUGGCACGGCCAUGUUCUUUAGAAAGAAGGCUGACGAACCCAUCGUCAUCAAGCAGGAAGCUGGUGUGACAUCUUCGAAACUAAACAAUAAGGAUGAUCCAUCCCGUCGGCCGUGCUCAACCCUUAAAAAUAUUAUCCCUGAGCCUUCAAUCCCUCGCGACAAUAUAUUUGGAAAGGCUCAUCUCAUUACAAGAGCUACCUACGAAACUGUAUCCCUGGCUGACAAAGUAUUGAAAACUGAAUUAUUGGAAGCGGAUACGAAAAAAAUGAAUUUGAUCCCUACCAAUCGUCAAUUUUUUGGCAGACCUGCAAUCUACAAACUCAAGAUACCUCAAGGAUAUACUGCUACUGAUCUGCUUGCAGGACAGUAUCGACCAAAGCGAACUUAUACACGGAGUCGGAAGAAUAAACAACAGAAAUCUGAACUUGGAAAUUUAGCAGAAGCCCAAACUAGUCAAAAUACAAUAGAAUCCGUUUAGGUUUUUGUGUAUCUCAAGAAUUUGAAACUAAAUGUUAACUGAAUUAAAAUAACACCAGCGAGUAAUUCACUGUAACUUUGUGGCAUAUAUUUUAUUAUUGUUUAUGAACUUUGCAAUAAAAAAAGCUAUCAGUACAA